AAGUUUAGAUUUAGGUGCAAGUAACAGCCGUGAGUUUAGUUGACAGUUUUCCAAAAAUUUCACAUCCACGAAGUUUUUCUUAUUUCUCGUGCUAUUAAAAUUAAGUACGAGAAUUAAUUAGGACGUUUAGUGAAAAUCAUGAUCAAGUGUUUAGUCAGACAUCAAAGUAUCAGAGCACAUUGAAGAGAAAAGGUAAUGAGUGUCACUGGUAAGUGGGUGUGCUGUGAACGCAUCGUCUAUGGCAGAUCCAGCUAACACACCCGCUGCUGACAGCACGAGCCGCCGAAAGCGUGCGUUGCCUGUGCAGCCACGUACGGAAGCCAAACGUCUUCGCACGUCCACACAAGAAGCUCGCGCUUCUCAAAGUUUCUCUUCUCAAAACACACCUAAGCAAUCCCAGAUUAAAAGCCGCUCGAGGAGUAGCAGGCGUAGAUCAAAAUUGGUUGAUGAUCAAACCUCGUCGUCUCAAUCCCAAGUACCAGACAUAUCGGCGAACAAACCUAGCUCUAUUCCAGUCUUGAAAAAUCGCCGUUCCAUCAAACAAAAGGAAAAACGCAAACCCGAACAGAAAGGUGAUUCACAAAGAGACUCGUCAUCAGAUAAACAUUUAAAAACAACCAAGCGCCAGUCUCUAAAUAAUCUUAAAGCAAGUACAACCUCCGUGGCAAGUGUAGAAAGUAACAGUACUACAUCGUCCACUUCGAGACACCGUAGUAACAAAAACUUGCGAGCUUCAGAACCGAGCACCAGCACCAGCAAGAUCAGUGAUAAAAAUAGUGUUAAAACAAAAGUUAAAAAUAAAACCAAAUUAGACACUAAAAUUAAAAAGGAGCCUAAAAGUAGUAAACGCAUAUCGGAAAAUUUACGGUCGAAGAGUGCAAAAACGGAGGCGAGCUGCUCGAGUUUAAACGCGACAUAUCCAAGUUCAACCCACAGAUAUCCGUCGGCGCAACGAAGAAUAACUGUGGAUCAAUCUGUGCCUCUUCAGUUGAUACGUAAGUCGGGCGAAAAACGUAGAACGCGCGAAUCCAAAGAGCUGGGGGUUAGUAAUAGUCAACCGGUCGCGCGGGAGGAGAACGAGCCUUCUCGCCUCUCCCGCGGUGGAGCUGUGUUGCGACGCAGCACGAGAAAUAAGGGGCACGGCGCAACAACGGGUUCCUGUGCGAGCUCGAGUGGUGCGAGUGGCAGCGGCAGUAGCUCCAGAAGAGCGACCCGCCAACAUAAGGUGGGGGCCGCGGCCCCUGCACCACUCUCUACGUCGGCAUCUCAUACGGCCACAAUGGCCGCCGAUCAACCGGAAAUGCCUAACAAUAGCUUAUCAGAAGAAUUGCCGUCACCUCAAGAAGCUGCACAAGCUUUAGCCAGCGGUGGACCUUCCGGUCCAGGGGCAGACUCUGAAAGUGAUGACAGCGAGGUUGGCCGUUUACAAGCUUUACUUGAAGCGCGCGGUUUACCGCCACAUCUUUUCGGCGCGCUCGGCCCUCGCAUGCAGCACAUCUUACAUCGAAGUAUGGGCGCAAACAGCUUUUUUUCAGCUGUAACCAAGGCGCAGCAAUUACUGCAGGGAUUGCAAGCGUCGGGAGAUGAAGGUCAGCAAUUACAGGCGGUAAUUGAAAUGUGCCAGCUGUUGGUGAUGGGGAAUGAAGAUACACUUACUGGAUUUCCGAUUAAGCAAGUCGUACCUGCACUAAUCAGCUUGUUACAGGUGGAACACAACUUUGAUAUGAUGAAUCACGCUUGUCGCGCACUUACUUACAUGAUGGAAGCACUGCCUCGGUCUUCAGCAGUUGUCGUCGAUGCGGUACCCGUAUUUCUAGAAAAACUCCAAGUUAUUCAAUGCAUGGACGUUGCCGAACAGUCUCUAACGGCUUUAGAUAUGCUAUCACGUCGUCAUUCCAAAGCGAUUUUGCAAGCUAGGGGAGUGCAAGCGUGCCUCAUGUACCUAGAUUUCUUCUCCAUCAACGCACAACGCAACGCAUUAUCCAUCACGGCAAAUUGCUGCCUAAAUUUAACGUUGGAGGAAUUCCAGUUUGUCGGCGAAUCACUAUCACUUCUCGCCAACCGACUUACGCAGCAGGAUAAGAAAAGUGUCGAAUCGGUUUGUUUGGCUUUUUCUAGACUCGUCGACAGUUUCCAAUCGGAACCUUCCAAGCUGCAAGAGAUCGCGGGAACCGAUUUACUUACAAACUUACAACAGCUUCUUGUGGUGACGCCCCCAGUCAUAAGCACCAACACGUUUAUUUCUGUAUUGCGUAUGCUGUCGAUAAUGUGCGCUAGCUGUCCAGAUUUAGCAUUUAUACUCCUCAAGCAGAACAUAGCGGAGACCCUUUUGUAUUUGUUGACUGGGUCAGUGGAAAUCAAUCAAGAUGAAGUUGAACUAGUGUCCAGGCAACCACAAGAACUCUACGAAAUAACAUCUUUAAUUGGAGAGCUUAUGCCGAAAUUACCGGCCGAUGGUAUCUUUGCUGUUGACAUUCUACUUGAACGUCCAUCAAUUGUAAAUAAGGAACAGCCCGCUUGGCAGUGGAGGGACGAUCGUGGGACAUGGCAUCCGUACAGCACCGUCGAUAGUCGCACGAUCGAAACUGCGCACAUCAGUGGCGACGACGAAGUCAGUUUACAUACACUGGGUCGCACCUACACCAUCGACUUCCAUUCAAUGCAGCAAAUUAACGAAGAUACCGGUACGUCGAGGCCUGUCCAACGACGUUUUACACCCACAAGCAUCGUCUCCGAUACUUCCCAAAGUGGCAGUCAAGUAAACGGGGAAGCGCACGUCGCCUGCUUAAGGGAAGAAAAUGGAUUGGCCGCAUCUUUCAUUCGCUCCUUAUUUUCCGUUCUCUACGAGGUCUAUUCGUCCAGCGCCGGUCCGGCGGUUCGUUGUAAAUGCCUUAAAGCCCUCCUGCGCAUGGUUUACUAUGCGUCUCCCGAAUUAUUGAAAGAGGUCCUAAAGAAUCAAAUAGUUAGUAGUCACAUUGCCGGUAUGAUGGCCUCAAGUGAUCUUAGAAUAGUAGUCGGCGCUUUGCAAAUGGCCGAAAUUUUAAUGAACAAGUUACCAGAGGUUUUUGGUGUGCAUUUUCGAAGAGAAGGUGUCAUGCAUCAAAUCACUCAACUCGCCGAUCCCGAGGUGCCAUUGGGCGUCAGCCCGCCAAAGUCUUCGAACUUAAGUACAACAUAUUUUUCGUCGAUGACCCUGAAUGAAUCGCAACCCGGUCCUUCGCAAGCUUCGGGGAGUAGUAUUGCAACUACGAAUGGAAAUGCGACAAUCACUCCAGCUGGUACACCAACAGGACAGAUUGUUUUUACGUCGACUUCAGAUGGUGUUAGGGUUCGCUCUCCAAGUCCAUCACAUGUUCGUCUUAGCGACGUCUUAAAAAGAAAGCGAGGUAAUAAACGUUCGGGUGGAAGUCGGCCCAAGGCACGACACGAGGAUCUCCCACUGUCACCUUCCCUAAUGCAAGAUCUCUUUACAAAAGCGGCAUCUUUGGGCAACGCAACACCAAGCAAUUCUCGUCUACGUUACUCGGGGUCAAGUUCGAAAACCACCAGUUUUCUGUCGAGUUUGAAUCCGGUACGUUGGGGCAGAAGUAUGAAUUCGUCUUCCCACGAUCGCUACUCCAAAGAUUCGCUUAGUAGUUGCCUUGGAAAGUCUGUGUCGAAUUCUAAUCUUACGGCUGGUAGUCGCGAAAAGACGCGAACGUGGAUUAGAGAGCAGGCUUCAAAAUUCAUAAGUUCUUAUUCCUCGAACGAAGUGUCUGGGUCACCGCAUCCGGCAAUGAAUGUGCUCUCGUGUCUGACGGCUUCAAUUCAAAAGUUAUCGACGAUCGACUGCAGACUAGCCUUAGAAGAGUUGCGUGAAAUUCUAAUCGAGUCUGAUAUUUCUCCAUUUGAAGUUAACCAUUCGGGCCUUAUUAAAGCUUUAUUAAAUUAUUUAGCCGACAUAGAAGGACCAUUCGACCGUGAUCAACGAUUACGAAUUUUUUUAAAUGUGUUUGCCGCGUUACCAUUAGAUGCCAGUGCGAUCGACGUAACAGACAUUAAUUCGGCCUGGAUGGGCGCGCUCGUGAUGAAAUUAAGUGGUUGUGUAUCUCAACUUGAACAAUUUCCGGUUAAAGUGCACGAUUUACCCGCAAAUUCGGGAGCGGGGCGUGGCGGAACUAGUGCUCUUAAGUUUUUCAAUACGCAUCAGUUGAAAUGUAAUCUUCAACGCCAUCCUGAUUGUACAAAUUUGAAGCAGUGGAAGGGGGGCACUGUUAAAAUAGACCCCCUCGCAUUAGUGCAAGCAAUAGAACGUUAUUUAGUUGUUCGAGGUUAUGGUAGGAUAAGAGACAAAGAUAGCGCCGAUAGCGAUGAGGCGGACACCGAUACCGAUAUUGAUGAUACAGUCGCAGCUAUCGUUAUUUCGCAGUCGGGGGCCAAGCAUAAACUGCAAUUUCUUAUCGGUAAUCACAUUUUGCCAUAUAAUAUGACUGUUUAUCAGGCUAUACGACAAUAUAGCAAUAGCGGCAACGAUCAAAGCGAAACGGACACCGAUAAUGAAACUCCUUUAGGAAAUGCUGGCAUAUGGGUGCAAACACAUACUAUUUAUUAUAAACCAAUCAAAGAAGAUGCCUCUAUAACACACAAAACAAGUAGCGGCAGUAAUUCGAGUCAUUCAAGUAGGAAGGGUAAAGGUUCUAGUAGUAAGAGCACGUCGCGUCGUAAAGACGAAUUGUGGAACGAGGGAGUAACUCCCCCACAGCAAUCGCCGAUAACCCCAUUUUUGAAAACUAAGUUACCUGAAUCUGUAGAUAUUCAAGACGCAUCCUUAGAAGUUUUAUGUUUACUGCGCAUUUUAAACGCUUUAAAUUUGUACUGGAACUAUUUAUAUCCGAGCAUCGAAUAUAGGCCGAUAUUGCCCGCAGUCGACUUUUUGAACAGUAAAAUUGCCGCUAAGGCGAGUAGGCAAUUGCAAGAUCCCUUAGUAAUUAUGACGGGCAAUCUUCCAAGUUGGCUUCAACAAAUCGCCUCCGUUUGUCCAUUUUUGUUCCCAUUUGAAACCCGGCAAUUACUAUUCUACGUAACCUCAUUUGAUAGAGAUCGUGCCUUGCAACGUUUACUAGAUAUGUCGCCCGAACUAACCUCGGCCGAUUCACAAGAACGUGUGACCCCGCGAUUAGAUCGUAGAAAACGUACAAUUUCACGCGAUGACAUCCUUAAACAAGCCGAACAGGUGAUUCAAGAUCUGGCCAGUUCGAAAGCACUCUUGGAAGUGCAAUAUGAGGAUGAGGUCGGUACUGGGUUGGGUCCAACUUUGGAGUUCUACGCCUUAGUUUCGAAGGAAUUGCAGCGUGCCGAUUUGGAGUUGUGGCACGCACCGGAUUCGGCUGGUAACGAUUUUGUGCAUCAAGCCAUGGGUCUUUUCCCCGCACCGAUCGGAAGAGGUGCGAAGGUUGGACAGAUUAGUAAGACAAAAACUAAAUUCCGAUUCUUGGGCAAGUUUAUGGCCAAGGCGGUUAUGGAUUCACGAAUGUUGGAUUUGCCUUUCUCGUUAACAUUCUACAGGUGGUUGCUAGGACAAGAACAUUGCCUCACAACAGCCGAUUUAGUUCACUUAUCGCCCACUAUGCAUAAAACUUUGAGGAAGAUGCAGCACAUUGUUCGAAGACGUGAUGCGAUAUUGAAUGAUCCAGAUUUGUCGACUGUCGAUAAAACUGAAGAGAUUGAGAAGCUGGAGUUUGAUGGUUGCCCCAUUGAAGAUCUCAACUUAGAUUUUGUACUCCCCGGCUAUAACAUUGAUUUAAUGAAAAAUGGAAAAUCCACUCAAAUGUCGAUACAUAACAUGCACUUAUAUUCAAAUCUCGUCACUCAUUGGUUCCUGUUUGAAGGGGUCAGCCGACAAAUGGAAGCGUUAAGAGAAGGCUUUGAAUCAGUUUUCCCUCUACAGAGCUUGAAAAUGUUCCAUCCAGAAGAAUUGGAGGCCGUAUUCUGCGGUAAUCCCCGUGAUACACUUUCAGGAUGGGACGUUAAGACACUAAUGGACUGUUGCAAACCGGACCACGGUUACACGGCAGAUUCGAAAGCAAUUAAAUUUUUGUUUGAAGUACUCAGUUCCUAUAAUCGCGACGAACAGCGCUUGUUUAUACAAUUUUUAACUGGCACACCUCGUCUACCUGUCGGAGGUUUUAAAGCCCUUUCUCCGCCACUGACAGUAGUACGAAGAACGUUAGAACCAAACCAAAACGCAGAUGAUUUUCUCCCAUCUGUGAUGACCUGUGUAAACUAUCUUAAACUUCCGGACUACUCCAGUAAAGAAGUACUGAGGGAGAAAUUAAGAAUUGCCGCAUCGGAAGGUCAACACUCCUUCCACCUCUCUUAAAAGACUUAACAAAAAGUGAUUACGAACUAAUAAAGUAGUGUAUAUUAUAAUUACGAACGAUGUUGAAAACCAUCUAAAACUUGUGUACUCAUUACUGAUUGUACAUACAAUCAUUUCUCUAC